AUGGCUCACUACAAGCAUUUUCGUGGGAAAAGAAAGAAUCAUGUAGACUUGCUUGGUAUCGCUUCCUUUGUUCCUGAAAUAACAACUUCUGAUAAAACAGCAUGUCAUUAUCUGCUAUCAGCUCCCUUUGUAUCUCUGGGACGACUUUCACCAUCUGAGAAAGAAAUAGCAAAGAUUUCAGAACCCAUGAAACCACGUUUCUUCCGCAAUCAAGCAGGACCCACCAAUCGCUGGCAAUUUCCAUUCAGUUCACCCUCUGACUUACUAGGAAUUUCACAGAAUGCUAAAGCGAAACAAAAUGGCCUCCAUAAGAACUUGAUUAGAAUAAUGACAGUUGAUAGCCCUGUGCCUCAGGAAAAAGAAUUUGGGGCCUGGAAAACAAGUGCAGAACUUCUUGAUGAAUCCAGUAGCCAAUCUUUUUCAAAUAUGUGGCCCCAAAUCAAACCCAAACCCAGGAUAUUCUCCCACCAAAGAUUGCCCAAUCAGAUGCUUUUUUCUUAUACACAGAAGAUCACAGAAGGCAUGGAACCAGAUGUAACUUUGGACUGUUUGGGCUAUGAAUGGGAACUUCAUCGAAUGUAUUUAUUUAAAUCCCAUGUCCUUUCACAACUUCUUGCUGAAGCAGCACAGAAUAGCCACUUCCCAAACACAAGAAGCAUAUUGAAAUCUAGAAAAGGAACCCGUUGUUAUAAACGCUGUCUACUAACUGGUCAUAAGCCAGAUGAAUUCUACCAACAAGAGGAAAAAUUGCCAAAAGUCACUAUUGCUCUGAAGAUUAGUGAUCAAGAUGUCACUCGGUUUGGCUUUGCUGUUGCACUCAAGAACAUGUACAAUUCUGAAUCAGAAGUGAAUGAAGAAGAUGUUAUAGGAAUUCUUGCUGCAGCAGAAGUGUUACAGUUCCCCAGCCUUUUCCAAAAGUGCAUCCAGGUCAUGAGAAGAAGUAUUUGUCCUACCAAUGUCUGUAGAUAUUAUACUGCAGGCUGCAAGUAUAAGCAACCUUCCUUGAUCACUAUCUGUGAAAGAUGGACGGAGGUAAACCUUGUCCCACAGCUUGGCUCGCAAAUAUGUCUGCGGAACCUGCCACUGGAGCUCCUACAGAAAGUGCUUAAAUCUCCAAGGUUGUUUACCAUCAAUGAAUUCUGCCUCUUGAGAACUGCACUAUACUGGGUAUUCCUGCAGCAAAAUCCCAAAAUUCAGAUAAUCCCAUCUUAUAAUACUAUCCUCACAUAUUUUAGCAGUUUACCCAAGACCUGUGCCUUCUUGGAAAGGGAAGAAGGACAGCGAUACAUGGCUAUUUUUCAGUCUCUCCGUUUACAUGGCAUUACUUCAAGUAGACAUCUAGAGGAGCUAUGGGAAAUCAAUUUCUUUCCUUUGCCGUGGCUUACAAGGAUCUUGUCUGAUCACUACCAUGCCCUAGAGAAUGGUGGUGACAUGGCCUUUCAGGCAGACUUUAACACCCAAGCAGUGAGAUUUGGUCUUAUGCUCAGGGAGGAACCAAGAUAUCAUGCAGAAGUAAUUUCCAUUUAUGGAUUCUUCUUCGAGCUAAAAGCAAUAAAACAUGAUGCUUCAGCAUACAGUUUUUACAUGAAAAGAGUCAGAUAUGCAGAUCCAAUUAUCUCUUACUUUACUGCUGAGCGCAGUCCUGUCAGUUUACAGAAAGAACGGGAAGUUAAGUAUGAAAUAAAAGCACAGUGCCAAAUAGAUGGAAAGUGGGAAGAAUUCACAACAGAAAGGCUGACUCAAAGCUUUGGAGUUAAGAAACCUUCUUCUAAAAGCAAGAUCUUGAAAGCAAGAAUACCAUCAGUUCCCAUCUAUGUGACAUUUUUGCUUCUUUUCCCAUCAUCUUAA